GACAGCACGUUUGGUGCUACGAAAUUACAAACAACCUUGUCCGUAUCUGUGUUUAUUUUUGUUAUGCUAACAUUAACUGGGUUAUCGAUAGCGAAGUAGGUUAACAUAACACAAGCGUUAGAUGGAUGGAUGGGCGCCACUCAAAUGUUAUGAAUGCCAGUGUUGUUGUUUCGGGCUGACAGCAUUACCUGCGCCGUAUUGUAUUUACUUAAUGUCAUGGCACACAUAUUUUAGGAUUUGUUGGUGCUGCACACGGUUUACUUUACGUUAAUUAGUGUUUCAUCAAAGGAAGCAUCUUACCAUCUGCUGAGUAUACGACAGCGUCACUCAGUGGACAUUGCAGUAGCUAAGUUUUAGAAAUCGAUGAAAGCAGAUUUUUGAAAAAUGGUAUUAUCAAUAAACAAUCUUAGUCGUGCUCCCUAAAUACAGACGUAUCAAAGUAUUGGAAAGGGCACUGCAGGAAGCCGAACCCAGGCUAGAGAAUUGCAGUGCCAUAUGCGCAGUCAACCCACUGAGACUGCAGUCAAGUACCCACGAACAGCACGGGACUAGGCUAAAGUCCACCACAGUGUCUCUCACUCUUUAACCACAAUGGGUGGGGCGGUGAGUGCAGGAGAGGAUAAUGACGAGCUGAUCGAUAACUUGAAGGAGGCACAUUACAUUCGCUCGGACCUGGUGGAGCGUGCCUUUCGGGCCAUCGACCGCGCCGACUACUACCUGGAGGAGUACCGCGACAAUGCCUACAAGGACCUGGCAUGGAGGCACGGAAACAUCCACCUCUCGGCGCCCUGCAUCUACUCGGAGGUGAUGGAGGCCCUGGACCUGCAGCCGGGCCUGUCCUUCCUCAACCUGGGCAGCGGCACGGGCUACCUGAGCACCAUGGUGGGACUCAUCCUAGGACCCUUUGGAGUGAACCAUGGGGUGGAGCUGCAUGCAGAUGUGAUAGAGUACGCCUACCAGAAACUGGACCUCUUCAUUAAAACCAGUGAUAGCUUCGACAAGUUUGAGUUCUGUGAGCCCGUCUUUGUGGCGGGCAACUGCCUGGAGAUCCCCCCGGACAGUAGGCAGUAUGACCGGGUGUACUGUGGCGCAGGGGUGCAGCGCGAGCACGAGAACUACAUGAAGAACCUGCUGAAGGUGGGGGGCAUCCUGGUCCUGCCCCUGGAGGAGAAGCUGACCAAGAUCACCCGCACAGGCCAGAAUUCCUGGGAGACCAAAAAGAUCAUCGCUGUGUCCUUUGCUCCACUGGUGCAGCCCAGACAAGAUAUCAACGGCAAGACUAGGAAUGUCCCACUGCCCAUUUUUGAGGUGCGAUCGCUUCAGGACCUGGCCCGCCUGGCCAUCCGUCACACACUCAGGGCCACGUCAGGGUCCCCCGAGGGCCGCAGCAAGAGCCGCGUGUCGUUCCCAGGUGCCCGUGCCAUGCACCGUUAUGGGCCGCGCUUCAAGCGCCGGCGCCUGCACCGCCGCCGUGUGGACUCUCUCAUCCUCCGCGACUCGGCCAUCCCGUCGCUGGCCGAGCUGAGGGCCCACGGAGCGCCACGGGAGUCUGAGGACGGAGAGGAAGAGGGUGAUGAGGAGGAGGACGAGGGGGCCCGGGGGAAAUGCGGUGGCCGCAGCUGCAGCAGCCGGCGGGGGAAAGGUGCGAGGGGCGACGAGGAGCAGGAGGAUGAGGAAGAGCAGGUGGCCCGAGACGAGGAAGAGGAAGAAGAGGAAGAGGAGAAAGGCAAAGGUGAGCCCCAGGGCGAGCCGCCCGUCAACAUCCUGCGCGAGAGGAUCCUGGGACUGCCGCUGCCCGAGCCGCUGAAGCUAUACCUGCUGUACUACCGCGAGAAGUGAGGUCGAGGAGAAUGAGAAUAGAUCGCAGCACUCUGUUCCUCCCACCUUCCUUCCUUCCUUCCUCCCUACUUCCCGACCUCUUUCUGUCUCUCUUUACCCAAGGAGUGCAAUUUACAAGCAGAGAGGAGGAUCUGGUGAAUGGCUGACAUAAUGAUGGACAGAGUAUGAGUGCUGAUUUGUUGAUUGGUGACACUACUGUCUCUGCCCCCCGGUGUGAAUAUCUAAGACCAUUUAACCCAUCGAUUUAAACAUUUGGUGAAAAAGCUGGGAUUUGCCAAGCAGAUCAGGUUAAAGAGGCCUGCUCUUUUUCGUUGUUGUUUUGAUUUUUAUUAUUAUUAUUAUUAUUAUUAUUAUUAUUAAUCAAUUUGAGUUGGUAGACAUUUCAAAGACUAUAACUGCAUCAAGACAGAAAGGAGGCAAGGGUAUUGCUUUUUCAGGUGAGUGUGAGGAUGUGGUGGUGUUUUUUUUUUUCAUUGCAGUCUUUCAUGGCAGCUCAAGGUUGCUCAACCAUUAGCGCACAAAGCGCAUAAAUUCAUUUGUGUGUUUGCAUAGGGUGAUCUGGCUGAUGAGUUGUAAAUUCCUCAGGCGUGAGUUCAUUUAGGCCCUAAAAGCCUGCUCACCCAUGGUACAUGAUCUCCUACCACCCCAGGUAUUCAUUCCAUGACGCAAGGGUUUUCAUGCCCACGACCUGCCCAUCUUUAUCUUCACAUUUGUUGCAGUGGGUCAAUAUUAAAGGAGAAAUCCGGCGAUUUUUCACAUAGAUCAUAGUUUCUUGAGGUCACCGAGUACUGUUGGUUUUACCUAGCUCAAGUUGCUAGUUCCAACAGCUAAA